AUGACAUCAAUGUACUUUUCAGGGAAGAAUAGUAAUGAGAUCUUCUAUGAUGACCCUGAUAACCAAUGCAUCCAGAUAUAUCCAUCCUUAUUUGCUGAACUUGUAUCUGAUGGCGAACAAAACUCAAGGGUCUUUUUAGACACUCCACUCUUGAAAAUUUGGGGUAUAGAUCAGCCUAAGAUAUUGCCUGCUCCAGAGCAUAUAAUUAACAAGUUUUCAGCAUCGGUUUCGGUUGGAAGUACGCCCGACUUGGUAGCUCUUUAUUAUAUCACCAAUAUGAUGGUAACGGCUGAAUAUCGAGAGAUUAGUAGUAAUGAAUUCAAGAAUAACUUUCUUGCACCGCUAGAUACCGUUAUCAGAGAAUCGGAUAUUCGUGAUAGAGUUUUGUCAUACAUGUAUGCUUAUCCAGUAGCAGAAUCAAAUAAUGAGGAAUGGAUUCAAAAAUAUUUCAGUUGGUAUAUACUGAAAGCAAUUAAUAGUCUUUACUUGUUCACUUGCGGUCGGCACCAUGUAUUUGGAGGGCCUCUGACUAUAAAGCCAUCAUUUACUAAUGAGAAGCAUUUACGUUUUAAGCCUGACAUAGUUCACUACCUGACAAAUGAGCUGGCUUCACUGUAUGAAUUCCCUCAUAUUUAUUUUGGGUUGGGUGAUUAUAAAACAGAAAGUUAUUGUUUACCGCAAGGCUUUGAAGAAUUGAAAGCAGCUACAAAAGAUUACAAGCAAAAACUAUCGAAUAUUAGGCCAUUGAGGGCGAUGAAAGCCCCACUUGUUUUUGAAGAUAAGAUUGAAAAUAAAAGCAGCAGAGUAGAGUGGUCUCCGAGAGUGAUAUUUGCCUUAGUAUUACGGAAAUACCUUUACCAGGCUUUCCUCUGCGGUACCGAUAGAGUGUUUGUUUCUGAUCAUCAAGCAUUUUCUGGGUUUUUCAAGUACAAAAUUGUAAGAGACGAUGAAGUUGGCGAUAAGAUGGUCAUAGACUACUACGUUAUUAAUGAUCCUGAGACAAUUGCAGAUGGAAUUACAUUAAGGUCUGCAAUAGCUGGGUUCUUUUAUAAUAACGAGGCGGAUGCACUAAAAACCAUGGAAUCACUAAAAGAAGUAUAUAAAUUAAGAUGCAUAGAGCAAGGAUCAACGCAGAAAGAAAAGGGUGAUCCACUACGUAACGUUGCACCUAGACCGGCGGAAAAGUCUAAGUCUAGGCCCACUAGUGGCAAAACAAGUGAAAAGUCCCAUGGGAAUCAGCUUAAGGGAAAACUAAAGCCGAUUGAGGAAAACGAUGACUAUGAUGACUAUGAUGAAAUCCACGGAAACACAUACUGUCGAAUAAUAUACGAUCCUGUCAAGGCUUUUCCUAGUAUAGGGCUGGACCUUCCGUCGCCUGUAUUUGUUAAGUUAUAUAAUUAUCCAGAGAUGGCACGGGAACAUUUCCCAAGACGACAGAGCUACUACGACAUGUUUAUAACGGAAUUUGAGAUCAACGAAAUGCUUGCACAGUCGCAGUUUGCUUCAAAUUAUGCAAGGCUUAUCAUGUCUGGAUAUUGGAAAGGACUACCAAGUCAUCCGAUGCAUAUGUUUGAAUACAUAGGUAAAGAGAAGCCUAUUGAUGAAUGGGACGAGAAAGUAUAUUACAGUAUUAAAUCAAGACUUGGAGAGAUACAUCUGAUGGGAAUAUCACAUAACGAUAUCAGGUCCGACAACAUACAUGUAUCUGUAACGGGAAACACCACAUUGAUAGACUUUGGAUUAGCGAUUUAUCCAUGCAGCGAGGAGAAUAAGAGGUGCGAUAUUGAGGCUCUCGACCGGUUAUUUUCAGAUUAUUUCAGUGACAGUCACAGUCAAAAUAAUUCCGAUAACGAUACUUGUGCUGAAUGGAAUGAUGAUGUGAACUCCACGCGCGAAGCAGUUUUUGAUGAACUGAUUGCAGGGUCUGAUGAUACCCCAGAGACUACCAAGUUGGAUUUCAAUCAAAAGGGAUGA